AUGUACAUCGGUCCAUGGCAAGAGUACAAGCUGGCGAAGAUUCAAGAUGCAGCAGUCCAAAAGCUUCGGAAGGAGUGGGAGGAACACCUCAAGUCCACCAUCAUCGGGCAAGGCGACGAGGAGUGCAUUCGCCAAAUGAUGGAACCGAUACUAUCCAAACUCCCUGCGAUGCUCCUGGCGAACAGAACGAAGGAAGUUGUCCCACCGACGACCCAUCGGAAGAGCAGAAGGUCCCUCUUGACAGGGCGAUCUAUCCCGAGCAACCAGGACUCACCGAAUCAUGAUCCACGCGAAGUUAUCUUGGCCCCCACGAAGAAACUUGUCAAGAGGCAAACGACGAAACCCAAGACCCCACGUGUCAGCACCAGCAUUGACGAAGUUGCACGGAGGAGACAGCGGUGGACUGCGCCUGCCGCAGAGAACACUCCAUCGACGACACCAACACACCGCGAGGACGUUCAUCUACCGUCAAUCACUCCGCACACGGCAUUACAACCAGUUAUUCCACAAGGACCGCCGACAGCCUCAGUCCGUCCUCCCGUGCAGUUGCCCAUGAUCGACAUGUCGUCGCCGCUUCCUCAACAACCAGAAGACGACGAAGACUCGCUGGACGAGGACGAGUUGAACUCGUUUUUGACUUGGACGGACCAACUGAGUCACCCAGACGCAGAUCUGGACCAAUUUUCAACUACUUGA